AAGCUAAUAACUUCCUGGAGGAGGAAGAUCAGAGUGACACUUGACUGGAUCUCAUGAAGGGCGACAAACCCGAGGAGCUGGGGCUGGGCCCCAGCCCCGCCGCGGCCCCCCAGCAGCGCACGGAGGAUGAGGAGGCCCUGAUCGAGUUCCACCGCUCCUACCGGGAGCUCUUCCAGUUCUUCUGCAAUAACACCACCAUCCACGGCGCCAUCCGCCUGGUGUGCUCCAAGCACAACCGCAUGAAGACGGCCUUCUGGGCUGUGCUCUGGCUCAGCGCCUUCGGCAUGAUGUACUGGCAGUUCGGCCUGCUGUUCGGGGAGUACUUCAGCUACCCCGUGAACCUCAACAUCAACCUCAACUCCGACAAGCUGGUCUUCCCGGCCGUCACUGUCUGCACCCUCAACCCGUACAGGUACACGGAGAUUAAGCGGGAGCUGGAGGAGCUGGACCGCAUGACCGAGCAGACGCUCUUCGACCUGUUCAAGUACAACUCCUCCAAGACCCUGGCGGCGGCGCAUCCCCGCCACCGGCGCGACCUCGGGGACACGCUGCUGCACUCCCUGCAGCUCGUCCGGGUGCCGGCUGCGCCCCACGAGGCUCACAGAGCCCGUAGGGCCGCCUCCAGCGUGCGCGACAACAACCCCCAGGUGAACAGGAAGGACUGGAAGAUCGGCUUCAAGCUGUGCAACCAGAACAAAUCCGACUGCUUCUACCAGACGUACUCGUCGGGGGUGGAUGCAGUGAGGGAGUGGUACCGCUUCCACUACAUCAACAUUCUGUCCCAGCUGUCGGACACCUCGCCCGCCCUGGAGGAGGACGCGCUGGGCAACUUCAUCUUCGCCUGCCGCUUCAACCAGGAAUCCUGCAACCAGGCGAAUUACUCGCAUUUCCACCACCCCAUGUAUGGCAACUGCUACACGUUCAAUGACAAAAACAACUCUAAACUCUGGAUGUCUUCCAUGCCUGGGAUCAACAAUGGUCUGUCCUUGACACUUCGCACCGAGCAGAAUGACUUCAUCCCCCUGCUGUCCACGGUGACCGGGGCCAGGGUCAUGGUGCAUGGACAGGACGAGCCUCCCUUCAUGGACGACGGCGGCUUUAACUUGCGGCCUGGCGUGGAAACCUCCAUCAGCAUGAGGAAGGAAGCUCUGGUGCGUCUGGGGGGCGACUACGGCGACUGCACCCAGAACGGCAGUGAUGUCCCUGUGGAGAACCUGUAUCACCCUCUGAAGUACACCCAGCAGGUGUGUAUUCACUCCUGCUUCCAGGAAAGCAUGAUCCGCCAGUGUGGUUGUGCCUAUCUCUUCUACCCGCGGCGCCCUGGUGUGGAAUUCUGUGACUACCGCAAGCACGAUUCCUGGGGCUACUGCUACUAUAAGCUCCAGGAUGCCUUCUCCUCCGACCGCCUGGGCUGCUUCUCCAAGUGCAGGAAGCCGUGCAGUGUGACCAGCUACCAGCUCUCAGCCGGUUACUCCCGAUGGCCAUCAGUGUCAUCCCAGGACUGGGUCUUCCAGAUGUUGUCCCAGCAGAACAAUUACACCAUCACCAACAAGAGAGAUGGAGUGGCCAAACUCAACAUCUUCUUCAAGGAGCUGAACUACAAAACCAAUUCCGAGUCUCCGUCCGUCACGAUGGUCACCCUCCUGUCCAACCUGGGCAGCCAGUGGAGCCUGUGGUUCGGCUCGUCGGUGCUGUCCGUGGUGGAGAUGGCCGAGCUCAUCUUCGACCUCCUGGUCAUCACGGCCCUCAUGCUGCUCCGGAGGUUCCGCAGCCGCUACUGGUCCCCAGGCCGCGGGGGCCGUGGAGGGGCCCGGGAGGUGGCCUCCACCCCGGCCUCCACCCCAGGCUCCACGCUGCCCCCCGGCCUCUCCGCGUCCACGCCUGCUACCCUUGCGGCCCCGCCACCUGCCUACUCCAGCCUGGGCCCCAGCCCCACUGCCCCGGGUGCCUUGGGGACCUCUGCUCGUGACCCCCUGUGUCUCUGA